AUGAAGCCUACAAAGAUUCCUUGCUGUAAAUGCAAGACUGAACUUGCUACAGUUCUAAUUCGUCAUGCCUAUUACUGCAAAGUCUGCUUUACAUUCGUCUUUGUGGGAAAAUACCGAUCGAUUAUCACCAAAUCACGAUCAAUUUCCCGAAACAAAGGAAAAGUUCUUUUGGCAUGCUCAGGAGGGCCAUCGUCACUGGCUAUGCUUAACUUAACACACGAAUUCAGACGAGUUGAACCUCAUGAAAAAAAGAAGGUGCAGAUACUUGGUCCUACUGUGAUAUGUCAUUUGGAUGAGUCAACAAUAUUUGAGGAACAGAAAGAUACACUUGGAAAACUUCAAAAAUUGAUGAAAGAGAAAUACCCUGAUGUUCCCUUUGUGUCCAAUCGCUUAGAAGAUGUAUUUAGUGAUGAAUUCAGCGACAAUCACCAUAUCGACAAGUCAUUAAAAUCAGUGACAGAAUUUGGAAAUAUCGGUUAUGAGCAUUACGUUCAAUUGAUCCAAGAAACUCCUGAUAAAACCAGCCCUGCCGAUCGAUUGAAGCAUUUGUUUGCCAACAUUAACAAAAAUACAUCAAAGGAAGACUUGCAUUGGCACAUCAAAUUUGCUAUGCUAGUUUCUAUCGCACGACGUGAAGGAUGCUCAUAUAUAUUCAUGGCUGACUCCUCUACCCGCCAGGCUAUAAAGAUGAUUUCUAUGACAAGUAAAGGUCGUGGAUACAGCAUACCUAUGGAUGUUGGAGCUGAGAACAACGCAAGCUUUAAAGAUCUGGUGAUUAUGCGACCUAUGAAGGAUAUGCUGGCGAAAGAAAUUGCGCUUUACAAUCGAUACUAUGGGCUAGAUGCUCAUGUAAUUGCCCCUACUCAAUGGGGAACUAGAAUGGCCGCAAAGACUUCUAUCGACAGAUUAACAGAAGAGUUUAUUACUACAUUGGAUCGCGAUUUCCCUUCAACUGUUAGCACUGUCUCACGUACAGCCUCUAAACUGACACCUUCGAGCGAUGUGGAUCUGAGCAGACGGUGUGCAAUUUGCUUAAUGCCCCAUCAAUCAAAGAUUAAUGAGUGGCGAAAGAGAAUCACAGUAACAACACCACAAGGAGGAUCCCUUGAGCCUGAUGUUACCAAAUCAUGUGGAACAACUGAAGAGGGUGGAUGUUGCGGUGGUGGUAGCGGUGGUGGCUGCGAUAGCUCUAAAAGUGGAAUUGAUAUGAAUGAGUAUCUAUGCUACAGCUGUCAAGUUGAUCUCAAGGACUACAAGGAAGCAGCAAUAGAAUCCUUGCCUCCAUAUGUCACACACAUUAUCGAUGAAAAGGAAAGACAGGAACGCUUGAGAGAACAAAUAGAGGAGUUUCUUUUGAGUGAUGAUGAAGAAUAG